UAAUCAAUGUCUUUUGGAAAAGCUGACAGAUGCCUAGAGAGUCAAUCCAAACUGAACUAAAAAAAGUGGCUCUUGUCUUUGUUAAGGAAGACAACUUAGAGAUGGAACAAUCAGCUAGUAGGGAAAUUCAACUAGCAACUGCUUCAACAAAUAAUGAAGAUCAAAAUACUCAAAAGGAAGCAGACAUUUCAGGUGGAAAUGAAAAUAAAAAUGAUGACUUGGUAAUUGAAAUUAGCAAAAUAGUCAAAAGGACGGAAAUUGAUCAAUUAUUGAAAGAGUGUUGUAUCUACAAACUUCCAUGCUACCUUCGAAAAUGGAAUGAAGAAGCCUACACUCCUCAGGUUAUUUCAAUUGGCCCGUAUCACCACGAAAACCAAAGAUUGAAAGCCAUGGAAGAGCAUAAAGAGAGGUACUUCAGGAGUUUCAUGAAACGGAGUGAGAGAAGCUUGGAGUAUUUGGUAGGCACGGUAAGGGAAAUGGAAGGACGCAUUCGCAGGUGUUAUGAAGAGACUAUUGAUCUUACCAGCGAUAGCUUUGUGAAAAUGAUAUUGCUGGAUGCGUGCUUCAUUCUUGAGCUUUUAUUCCGACGUAGUUCAUUAAGUUUGACAAGUCAUGACGAUUCUAUGGUUGUGGAACCAAGGGCUGCUGCUGUGAAGGUUGACUUGCUAUUAUUUGAAAAUCAGCUUCCAUUCUUUGUUAUUAAGGAACUACAGCACCAUGCAUUUCCGUCUCUCUCCGAUGCAUUGUUUUUUAAGAAUAUUUUUUCCUACUUUGACGUGUUCACCGACAUUCAAUAUAGUCAGCCCAAGCCCAAUGCGGAAAUUGCACACUUCACCGAUCUUCUUAGAACCUUCAUGUUACCCUCACCCGAGGAGUUACCGGAAAGAAUCACUGAACAUCCGAAGCUUUUGUACUCAGCAACACAACUCCACAAGGCAGGAGUAAAGUUCCGGCUUGGUAAAAGUGAACGCUCUUUUGAAAUAAAAUUUGAAGAUGGUGUGUUGGAAAUCCCAAAAUUAGAAAUAGAGGGUGUGACGGAAGUUGUUAUCCGAAACGUUAUGGCAUUAGAACAAACUUGCCAUAUAGGAAGUGCGUACUUUACUGAUUACUUCAUCUUCAUGGAUUUUCUUAUCAAUUCCAGAAAAGAUGUGGAUUUACUUACCAAAAAAAAAAUCUUGGUCAAUUACCUAGGCGACAACAAUGCAGUAAUGUCCAUGAUUAACAAUCUCAACAAAGGAAUCGUAUCCGAAACGGCGAGAGUUGAUUACUGUAAUCUCUAUGAAGAAUUGAAUAGUUUCUAUGAGAAAUCUUGGCACCACUGGAAGGCAACAUUGAAAAGAGAAUAUUUUAGCACCCCUUGGAGGUUCGUUUCAACAGUGGCUGCUAUUAUUCCUCUGUUGCUCACUUUUAUGCAAACAGCAAGUUCUGUGAGAGAACUUCUAUUUUCACGACCUCACAUGGGUUAAAAGACUAAAUAAUUAUGAUGGCUGUUCCCCUGUUCGUUGGAAUUGACGUCGCCUAUGUGAAAUACCCAAAUUUUAUAUUUUGUUCUAUGUUAUUAUUUCUAAUGUAAUUGAUCUUGCCGA